AUGGAUAUCAAUUUAUCAGCAGGAAUGGAUGCCUUAACAACAGAAGAAAGGGCCAGGUACGUGGCUGAACUAUUACAGGUGUUGAUGGAAAUCAAUGAAAUGAAUGGUGGUGGUGUAGAUAAUGCAGAAAAGAUGAAGGUGCAUGUUAAGAAUUUCGAGUCUGCUUUGUUUGCUAAAUGUUCAACAAAGAAAGAAUACAUAAACAGUAUGAAAGAAAAAAUAACUGCUAUGUGUAACACAAGAGAUGCUAGAAAAAAGGCCUCUAUGGCUGCUGCCGCCGCUAAACAACAGCAACAGCAACAGCAAAUACCUUCCUCUUCAUCUUCUACUAAUAACAAUAACAAUAAUGGUAAUUUCGUUCCUAGUUCGAGUAAUGCUAAUUCAAGAACGUUUUUAAAUCAACAAGCGCAAGUAAGACAACAAGCAGCACAACAGUUGAAACAACAACAGUUGAAUACCAAUAUUAAUUCUGGUCAGCAAGGCCUACAACAAAAACCUAGACCACAGUUAACUGCACAACAACAAUUGCUAAUCAAUCAGAUGAAAGUGGCUCCAAUUCCAAGAGAACUUUUGCAAAAAAUACCGAAUGUUCCACCUGGUAUUAACACAUGGCAGCAAAUUACAGAAUUGGCACAACAGAAAAGGUUUACACAACAAGAAAUGUUGAUUGCAAAAGAAGUUUAUAAGGUACAUCAACAAUUAUUAUACAAAAGUAAAAUGCAACAACAACAAGCACAACAAGCACAGCAAUUGAAACAACAAAAUAUGCAAUCUCAACUGCAAAAUCAAAAUCAAAGCCCACAGCAACAGCAGAUCAAUAAUAUGAAUCAACAAAUGCAACCAAAUGCCAUUCAUCAACAACAAUCACAAUCACAACAACAACAGCCACAGAGAAAUGCUAAUAGGCCAGGUGAAAUACCUAAUGUGUUGGGUCAAAUUCAUCAAAUCUUCACUCAAGAAGAACAAAAGUCUAUUCUAGCAGAAGCGAUUGAAGCCUGUAAACAUUUUCAAAAAACACAAUAUGGUGGUAAUAUGACUGACGCAGCAAAACACAAUUUUAUUAAAAAAUAUAUCAAUCAAAAAGCAUUAAAGAAGAUUCAAGCAAUCAAAAUGUCUCAAGCAGUAGCAAAUGCUGGAAAUGGAAAUGGAAGCGCAAGUGGAAAUGUAGCAGGAAUGACUAACAAUGCAACAACUUCGAACAACACCAAUUUAAAUAAUCCAAACAACAACAACACUAACAUUAACACUAAUAAUUUCCCAAAUCAACAAUUGCAAGGAAAUAGUAAUAUACAGAGAUCCAUCUCGAAUAAUACUGGAGGUAAUUUUUCCCAUAUUCAAACUUCACAAAAUGUUUCAAUGCCACAAAUGAGUAACAACAAUAGCAAUAAUAAUAAUAAUUUGAAACAUGUACAAAAUAAUCAAAUGAUGAAUCAACAAGUAGGUAAUCCUCAAAUUGGACAAACUCCUAUUAGGAAUCAUCCUAAUAACAACCAAAUGCAAAAUUCUCAAAAAUCACCGGCCAACAAUGGACAACAAAACAAUUCAGGUCUUCAAAUGUUCCAACCAACACAACAGGAUCUUGAAAUGGUAAGAAAAAUCUCAGCUGCAGCCGCUAGAAUACCUUUAAGAUUAACAGACUUAACUAAUAUGAUAUCCCAGCAAGAAAAGGAAGAAAUUAAAAGAAAAUUGCAAAUGAACCAACAAUUGUUUGCACAAGUUGGUAAUUAUGCACCACAGGUAUAUGUUUUUACUAAGAGUGAGCCAUUUUUAAAGGAGGUGUUGCAACUAAGAAUAUUUGUCAAGGAAAUUUUAGAAAAAUGUUCCCGAGGUAUAUAUGUAGUCAAAUUAGAUACUGUUGAUAAAUUGGUUAUGAAAUAUCAAAAAUAUUGGGAAAGUAUGAAGUUGCAGAUAUUAAGAAGACAACAACUAAUUGAACAACAGAAAAGGCAACAACAACAACAACAACAGCAGCAGCAGAUGUCUCAAAGAAAUAUAAACAAUUCACAGCAAGGGAACAUGCCAAAUAAUAGCAUGAUUACCAAUAAUAGCAACAUCAGUAAUAACAAUAAUGGUAAUAUGACUAGAUUGAGUCCACAAGGACAAACACCAUCCAUACCACAACAACAACAGCAAUGGAAUACAAAUCAACAGGUUACUGUACCAGCAGGUGCCACUAAUGGGAAUAUGUUUUCACCGCAGAACCUUGAUAAUUCAUCUAAAAAUGAUUCGAUUGCAAAUACACCUAAAUUGCCACAAACAAAUUUAAAUGAUCUAACUAAGAAUAGACAACCAUUGAAUAAUAAUAACAGCAAUAAUAACAGCAAUGCAUUGGCUGGUGUACCCGAAAUGAGUAAGAACUCUACAGCAUCACAUGAUAUAUCUCCUAAGAAAGAAAAUGCCACACCACAUUCUCGUAAUAAAUCUACGAGUAAGAAACCUUCCCCAGCAAUGACCAGUGGAUUUUCAUCAAAUAACAUCAGUACCUUAUCUAGUAAAUCUGCCACACCCAAAAAUACGGGGAUAUCACAUAACAGUAACAAUCGUGCACAAUCGACUAGUCAACAGUCAUUUGCAUCAUCCCCCAAUCAAAAUGCUAUUCAAAAUAAUACAGCACAAUUACAAAUGCAAUUCAAGAAGGAGGUUGAAACUCUUGAGUCCUUAAAUAUUAAGAAAGGUGAGAUGAUAUCGCGUUAUAAACAUCGUCAAGACUUGUUUCGUUCUUCUCCAAUAGAUAUAUUUUUAGGGACUCUAGCUGAUACUCUUGGUAUAAAAGAUGAAGAUAUUGAACCACCCAUGAUGAAGUUUUCUAAACACACAAUCGAUACAGUGAACGGAACCGGAAAGAAAAAAUUGACCAAAGUGCAACAAAGGGUACGUGAUAGAGAUGUGGUUGAUAUACACAUUAACGAUGAUCAUAGACUAAUCAUGAAAAGCAAAGCUGUUAAAGAGGGUCGACUAUAUGAUAUUAAAUUAAAGGCAAUUGCAGGGGUAUUCAAGAGUGUCAUGAAAGUAGGUGAGAAUGAUAUAGUUCAAUCUAUGGUGAGUGAAAAUACAAUAAUGAAUCCAUCAUUGACAAAUCCUGAGAAUGAUAAGAAGAGGAAGAUUAGUGAUAUAGAUUCGGAAACAACCAGUAGUACUAACCAAGACAGUAUAAAUAGUGGUGAUUUCAUAUCGCCGUCUACUGGAUCCUUAAUGGGAGAAUCUAAAAGGAUUAAAUUGGAUUCACCCGAAGAUAUAUUUUCUGAGAAUUUCAAUGAAGCCAGUGGGAAGGAAGAUAUUGGUGAGUAUGAGAAAAGAUUAGGAGUAUCAAAGAAGGAUAAGAUCAACAAUUUCUGGAAUUGGGAUUUUUGGUCGAAAUUGCAGGGGUGA